AUGCCACUCAGACAGGCCUUCCAGGGCAUCAUCGGCAAGGCAGAGAAAGCCUUGGGAGAAUUCACCAAUUCCUCCCAGCCAGGACAAUCCUAUACCAGGCCUCCUCCCCCACCGCCAAUUCCAGCCUCCACACGACCACCAGCACCACCAGCACCACCAAGUUAUGGCUAUGCGCAACAACCCCAGAUAUACUGGCAACCCAAUCUCCACCCCCAAGUCCCGGUAUCCGCCAACUUCCACCACGAACAGGGCCAACACGGCUGGGGCAACAACGAGGCGCAGAAUUAUGUCUCCAGCCCGCAAAACUCAUUCCAUGCCCCGCAGGGCGAUGCACUGAUCGUGCGAGCGCUGAUCAACCACGGCCAUCCUGACCCGGCGCAGAAAUUCACAAGCGCUAGGCUUUCGAGUCACCAUACCCUCGGUCGAGCGAGGGGCUGUCUGUCGGCUAGAAUCACGGCGCCGGUGGCAAGGGGGAUUUGGCCGGCGUUUUGGCUGCUGCCUAGAGAUCCGUUUAGGUGGCCUGAGGAUGGUGAGGUCGAUAUCAUGGAGGCGUGGAAUGGGGAUGCGAUUAACCAUACCUGUUUGCAUUGGGGACACUUCAAUGGCGAGGACUGGGAUAAGCAUCGUGUGCUUGAGACACCGAUCCCUCACAUUACGUCGCCGGUGGGGGUGCGGUAUGACUUUAUCUGGGAUGAGGAUGAGGCAACGAGUCGGGGACGUCUGGUCUGGCUGAUUGAUGGGAGGCCUGUUAUGAGAGCGGAGAAGCCACCUGGCACGCGGAGGAUGAGUGAGUUUAGAAUCCUCAUUAACAUUGCUGUUGGAGGAAAUGUCUGUCAGGGAAAUAUGCCCAGCGAUGGAUACUACGAGGCAGUGGUUCGUGAAUUGGCCAUGUGGGACGCACCGCCUGGGGGUUGGCAUGAAUUUGAGAGGGCUUGGAGUUAUUCCAAAGACGGCAAUACCAUGUAG